CGCCUCGCGCUGGAUGCCUGCUUGGUCACUUGCCACUAGAACGCGCUGCCGCACGGUCGGCAUCUGAGACAAGCCGCAUCUGUGCCAGAUAAAAGUUCACUUUUUUGCGCCUUUUUCUUCCGUUUUAUUUAUUUAUUUUUUUUUGUGGUACUUUUUGUACAUUACGUGCGAUAGACAGUAAACGGAACUUCUGGUUGAAUAAAUGAAACCGGCAGGUGUCCGAAGAUCAGUGAAAACGAACUAGAAUUUUUGAAUAUCGUGUGGUAAUUCACACGAAAAUAUUUCAAGAAUUCGCUGCAGCAGAAUUCACAGCAGGAGACACACUCUGGUUUCACCAGCUUUGAGAUAUGACAACAGUUUCCCACUUUGAGACGCCCCCAAUGGAGGCCAUGGAGACCUCGGCCUCCUCAUCGCCAGAUCAAGCACAGCCCCAGGAUAAUCUGCGCAUAUUUUUAAAGCAUUUGUAUGCUGAGUGCGUCUAUCGCUACCAGAACGACACAUACGACGAGGACUCUACGGUACCGGCAACAGACUAUGAGGUGGAGGUGCCGGAAAACUUCAGUCCGGUGCCACGAUAUCUGGAGAACGUCGUGCUCAACGAGGGCAGCAUUGAUAUGCAGAGUGUGGACGAAGCGUCGGCAGCCAAUAACGAGCUCUAUGCCACCAUCAUUACCGCCACGAUGGCCACGAAUCUGGAAGAGCACCAGAGGCAGCAGCAGCAGGCGAAUCUCGGCGAAAAGAACACCACCAGCCUCUUUUGUCCUCUGAACUUCGAUGGAUAUCUUUGCUGGCCCCGCACCCCGGCUGGCACCGUAUUGAGUCAAUAUUGUCCCGAUUUCGUGGAGGGAUUCAGCAGCAGAUUUCUGGCCCACAAGACCUGCCUGGAGAACGGUUCGUGGUUCCGUCAUCCAGUGAGCAAUCUAACCUGGUCCAAUUACACCAACUGUGUGGACUACGAGGACCUGGAGUUCCGUCAGUUCAUUAACGAGCUUUAUGUAAAGGGCUAUACCCUCUCCCUGAUGGCCCUUCUCAUAUCAAUCAUUAUAUUCCUGGGCUUCAAAUCCUUGCGCUGCACCCGCAUUCGUAUUCAUGUCCAUUUGUUCGCCUCGCUGUCAUGCACUUGUGUGGCCUGGAUCCUUUGGUACCGUCUGGUGGUGGAAAGGCCCGAGUUCGUAGCCGAAAGCCCGCUCUGGUGCAUUGGUCUCCAUCUCGUCGUCCAUUACUUCAUGCUGGUCAACUAUUUCUGGAUGUUCUGUGAGGGUCUACACCUGCACUUGGUUCUCGUUGUGGUCUUUGUCAAGGACACGAUUGUUAUGCGCUGGUUCAAAAUCAUCAGCUGGCUCUCCCCGAUUCAUGUGGCGCUAGUCUAUGGCGCGGCACGGCACUACAGCAGCACGGACAAUGAAAACUGCUGGAUCAAUGACAGCCUCUUUUUGUGGAUCUUCUCCGUGCCAAUAACUCUCUCUCUUCUGGCCAGCUUCAUCUUUCUCAUCAAUGUGCUACGGGUAAUUGUAAGGAAGCUGCAUCCACAGUCAGCCCAGCCCGCUCCCCUGGCCAUCCGCAAGGCCGUGCGGGCCACUAUCAUUCUGGUGCCGUUGUUCGGACUGCAGCACUUCUUGCUACCCUACCGUCCUGAUGCCGGGACCCAACUGGAUCGAUUCUAUCAGCUGCUCUCCGUCGUCCUGGUCAGCUUACAGGGCUUUGUCGUCUCGUUCCUGUUUUGCUUCGCCAAUCACGAUGUCACAUUCGCCAUGCGCACGCUCCUCAACAAAUGGGUGCCCACUUUGGUGGCGGCACCGCCUGCUGGGAGUAAUACUGGACAAUUGGCCACAACCACGCCCAGCCGUGAACUGGGCGUGUAAGGUAUACCGGACUAGCAACAGCAUCCCAAGAGUCCGAGUCCAACGGAAUACCCCGGAGAUAAUGGCAGACCAGAGAUUUUGAGUUUUUAUGCUCAGGGUCUUGGAGAUUGUCAGCAAAUCGUUUGCCUCUUAGCAUUAUAAACGACUUGUCGCUUUCUUUCUAUCGCAAUCUUUCUGUUAUUGAAUAUCUGAAUCUAUCGUUUCUAAUAUCAUAAAACAGCAUUUAUUGUUUCAAUUUAAUCUUUCAAAUUUACUUUUUCCUAAAGUCUGAGAUAUGAUUAUAUUGAAGAAAGAUCUUUAAUAAUAAAUUUAAGAUCUAUUGAUUUUUAAUUUCAGCAUUUUUUGAUUCCCCUUUGAGUAAAAAGUAUUCGGGAAACAAGAAGUUGAAUGUCUUAUGUACCCAACCAAAUAUACCUAUAUCUUUGUAGAUGACUCAAAAGGUUAUCAUUUAAAACCAAUACGAUUUUAAAUCAUAUAAUAUGAUGCGUAAUACCAACCCAGAGAGGACCUACUUAGGCAAUUGCCAAGGGCCUCUAAAAUAAAUACGUACUCAAGUGUACCUCAAGAAACAAAUGCUAUCUCAUAAUUCUAUUAUAAACGAUAAAGAUAUAUGUACAUGUACACAAUGUUAUGUCACUGUAGUCGUGAUUUACUUAUGACAAAUAUAUGCACUUUAAAACCA